AUGCUCGACAACAUCAACAACCUCGUCAUUUACAUUCCCAGUCUCUUUCACUACGUGUCAGAUUCAGACGACGACAUGGCAUCACCAACAGAGUCUCGACGGGGCACUUCUCAGAGGAGGGACUCGUCCAGGUCAAGCGUCAGCCGGCGUCCACGACUUCUACGCUCAAGCGCAACCGAGCCUUCGAUCACGCCGUCGACCGCCAGCCGCAACGCCCUGGCAACCCCAGGCACAAGCCGGCGGGCAACCGACCUGCUGAACCAGGUCGCCAUCUCUACCUCACCACCAAACUCGUCCUCGCCUCUCUCGCAGAGCCCGACCAUGUACGAUAGCCCGGCCAGGAUUGCGAACGACCAUGUCGACCUGGACGGAUUCCGCCCCCACCUAGCGGACUCUGGUCGCUAUUUCAGUUUCCCGAGCUUCGACACCUGGCAGCCCGACCACCCAGAGGAGGAGCGGGAGCCUCAGAUGCAAUCCCCCUGA